AUGCCAGACCAGCAUUCACGCCAUCGCCAAAACGCAUCAACGCCCACAAGAGCAGACAAUGACACGAAUCGGAAACCUCCCGAUUCCCUCGAACCUCCCCAGCGCAGCUAUCCACGCCGCCCAACCUCCGGCCUGGCCUACGCCCUCUACUCCUUCUCCUCCCAAUGGUUCCUCGUCCCGCAGGGCAUGGGCAUCCUCGCCGUGAUUCUGCAUCAACUCCCGUAUCAAUUUCGCGGGCUGGGCGUGAUAUCCAAAGUUAUAUGGGUGUAUACAAUCGUGUUGCUUGGGUUGGGUCUGGGCUUGUAUCUUCUACGGAUCCUGCUGUAUCCACGGCAUGUCGCCCACCAGCUACGCCAUAGCAUCCUGGAAACGUCGUGCCUGGCGAGCAUAUCCAUCGCCUUUACGUCAAUCAUACAGAUGAUUUCGUUGACUGUGGUUAGAGAAUGGGGCCCGGCAUGGGGUCUGGUUGCGUUUAUCCUGUGGUGGAUCAAUACCGCUCUCGCCGUCAUCGCGGUCUUGGGGAUACCCUAUGUCUACGUCCAGGUGCAACCGCCAGGAAUUAAAGCUGUUCCGCCCGCAACUCUGCUCCCACUCAUCUCUGCAUUAACCUCCGCUGCCGGCGGGGCGGUAAUCUGCCGAUACGGCGCCAUCAGCCCGCGCCUCCAGGUCCCCAUGAUCAUCGUAUCCUAUCUCGAGAUCGGGAUCGGACUACCCCUCGCAGUCGCCUUGGAAACAAUCUACCUCGCACGCCUAUUCGACCAGUCGUUCCCUACCAAGAAGGAGAUCUAUCAGACCAUGAUCCUCUGCGGGCCCUUUGGCCAAGCAAGCUUUGCCCUACAAAUGUUAGGCCAGGCCGUUCAGCGCGGGAGUUUUGCGGCAUAUAACCGCGGGACCUUUAUCACUGCCAGUGCCGCACCCACAGUGGGUAUAUCCAGCCAGCUCGCUGGCUUGUUGUCCUGGGGGUUUGGCACGUUCUGGUGGACCUUUUCCCUCCUAAGCAUCGCGCACACCCUUUUUGCCCAGCCAGGUGGUUGGCGGCAGACAAAAUUCACACUGGGUGCUUGGUCGCUCGUCUUCCCGUGGGGCGUAUACACCAACGCAGCCGUGAUGCUCGGCAAAAUCAUGAAGUCCCCAGCCUUCGAUGUCUGGUCAACGGCACUAACCAUCAUUUUAAUCCUAAUAACGAUAAAUAACCACAUAUGGACCAUCAAGGGGCUUCUUUUGGGCACUAUAUUCGGCUUAGAGAAAGGCUGGAGAUACCAUGACGAGGCCCUCGAUGCCGAAGGGCGUGAUAAAUGA